UGAGUGUGCCUGUGUGUGUAUGUGUGCAUGUGUGCAGUUGGCUAAGGAUGCGUCACGGGAUUAGGGGCUGAGAAGCUCCUCCAGCUCCUUACGCUCCUGCAGAAGGGCAGCGCAACUCAACCGUGCGCGUAUGUGUGUCUGAGUGUCUCCAGUGCGAGUCUCCCCGCCGCUCCGCAUGCGACUCCCAGCUCGCUCAUCUCCUCCAGGAUGACCAGGGCUGGGGUUCCUCUGCUCCUCGUCGCAAUCCACCUCUCCCUGGCAAGGCGGUCUGAUUAUGCUCCAUAUUUUUAUGACAAUGGGCCAAGCAGCCUCGAUGGAAACAUGGCUUUGUUCAGCUUAUCAGAGGACACACCUGUGGGCACACAGGUAUUCGUGCUCAAUGGCACUGACCCAGAGGGAGACCCUGUGCGGUACGGCGUGGCCUUUGAGAAGGGCACUAAGGAAUACUUCAAAGUUGACCCCAAGUCGGGCAACGUGACUCUCGUCUCUGAGUUAGACAGAGAGCAACAAGGCGAGAUUGCGGUUCUUGUCAGUAUUACAGAUGGAAGGAAUAAGGUGGUGGAGAAAGUAAGAGUGUUCAUCACAGAUGCCAACGAUGAGCCACCUGAAUUUCUCAAUUUGCCAUUCAUAGUGGACGUCCCCGAGGACACUUCAGAAGGCACCAGCCUCUAUAAGGUCCAGGCAGUGGACCGAGAUUUGGGAUCUGGAGGCAGUGUCAGUUACUACCUACAGAGUUCUCCCACCACUAAGUUCACCAUAGACAGCCACAGUGGGGUCUUGCGCAUAAAACCUGGUGAGAAACUGGACUAUGAGACAACCAGGACCCACUUCCUUACUGUGGUGGCCAAGGAUGGGGGAGGCAAGUAUAAUGAGAAGUACCAGGUGAUGUCCUCCACCGCCACUGUCACCAUCAACGUCCUGGACUCCCAGGAUACUCCUCCUGCAUUUGUGGGAACACCCUACUUUGGCUAUGUGUAUGAGGUUUCUGUGCCUGGCUCAGAGAUCUUCACAGUCUUAGCCAAAGAUGGAGAUGAGGGCAAUCCGAAUCCUAUCCACUACUCCUUCAUGAAUGGAAGUGGAGGGUACUUCAGCAUUAACAGCACCAGCGGAUGCAUUAGUCUACUGACCUAUCCAGUCCAGCUGAGGAAUGAACUCUUUGAACUCAAAGUCAAGGCAUCUGAGCUGGGACCAGAGAAUGAGGAACUUAGCUAUGCGAUCACCAUGGUGACUAUCCGAGUAGUUGACCUAAAUAAUCACCCCCCAACAUUCUAUGGGGAGAACGGUCCUCAAAGUCGAUUUGAGCUGACCAUGUACGAACACCCACCGGAAGGGGAGAUUCUACGAGGCCUGAAAAUCACUGUCAAUGAUUCAGACCAGGGAGCCAACGCAAAGUUUAAGCUGAGGCUAGUUGGACCGGGCCGAGUACUCAGAGUCGUCCCCCAGACUGUCCUCAACGAGGCCCAGGUCACCAUCAUCGUGGAGAACUCCACUGCCAUCGACUAUGAGAAAUACCAGUUCAUAGCAUUUAAGCUCUUGGCAGUUGAGAUUGACACUCCAGAGAGGUUCAGCGCUACAGCCGACAUCAUCAUCAACCUGAUUGACACCAACGACAACACGCCCAAGUUCUCCUCCGAGUACUACAUCGCCAGGAUUCCUGAGAACUCCCCUGGAGGAUCCAAUGUCGUGGCUGUGACAGCCUCCGAUCCUGACUCUGGGCUGUGGGGUGAAGUGAAGUACUCCAUUUAUGGAUCAGGAGCUGAUCUGUUCCUCAUCCACUCCACGUCUGGCAUUAUCUACACCCAGGCCUGGGCCAGUCUGGACGCUGAGGUGAAGUCCAAGUACAACUUCUAUGUGAAGGCUGAGGACACGGAGGGAAAGUACAGUCUGGCCGAAGUCUUUGUCACGGUGUUGGAUCUCAAUGAUCAUCCUCCUGAAUUCAACGACAACUUCCUGGAGAAGACCAUGAUCAUUGGUGCCCCAGUGCAAAUACAGGCUGUGGACGAGGAUGCUGAGGAGCCCAACAAUGUCAUUGAGUACUCCAUCAUGAGAGCUGACCCCGACAACAUAUUUGAGAUCAAUGGGGCCACAGGAGAGAUCAAGCUCAAACCCUACAUCAAGUCUCUGGAGAUUGUGCACAACAUCACCAAGCAGAGGGACUGCAAGUGGUCCCUGGUAGUCCAAGCCCGCGACCGAGGAAAACCAUCAUUUAGCACAACGGCGGUGUUGAAGAUUGACAUAACUGAGGCGACCCCCCUCAAGGGGCCCAUGGCGGCCUUUUUAAUGCAGAGUAGAGAGAAUCCAUUGAAAGCCCUAGGCAUGAUGGCUGGGUUCAUUAGUAUUAUGGUCCUAGUGACUAUCUUGAUCUCCACGGCUAUGUUCAUGCGCAACACAAAGUCGAACAGGAUCAUGCCAGCGCGGCGCAUCAUCCGCAGGAGGCAGCCGGAACCCCCGAGGAGCUUCAAUUUCUUCCGGACGCCUUUCAGUCGGCCCGACAGCGCGGGCGACGACCUCGACCUCGAAGACCCGGACGACGGCGGUGGUGAGAACGUCGUGAGCCCCAGCGGCCAGAACGUCAACCUGAACAACAACAGCGGCCGGCCCAAACCCCCGCCGCCCAGUGCCCCGAGACUGCCCCCUCCUCCAGCCACCAACUACAGGCCCAAUGAAAGGCAGCGGCCGGUGCCCACCAUAUCGGGCUCGUUGGCAUCCAAGGGCUCCAAGAAGAAGAGACCUGACUCUGAGAGCGUCAGCAACGCACUGGUCUCCGAGCUGAAGAUGAAACUAGAGCAGAAGAUACAGGAGGCAAACAAAAGCUAUUAUUACUGACCCCUGCCCCCAAACAUACGGUCAUUACUGUACAUACCAAGCGUUUUUUCAAGAGAGCCGUGCUUUUUGAAGGCCUCUUCAGGGCAUUCACCUUUCCACUGGCCUGUCAAAGACAAACUGUCCCUUGGUGACUCACUCAUGAAUGUUUGACUAAUUUGGUCAAAUUGUCAAAUCUACUUUUUCGCCGUCUUUUGACAGAAAAUCCCUCCAUCCUUUCAGAUAACAUCCUACCUCCCUUCCACCUUGCUAAAUUCUCACAUUAUGUCCAGGAGAGCCGGCCGGCCACUCUAAUCUAAACACCACUCGUUUUUCAUACAAAAAAAGCCAGCCGGUAGGUUUUUGGGAGGAGAUUUUUAAAGCCCGAUUUAUCGCGUCUUAAGAGUUAGUUCACUCGGAUGUUCCAGUCAGAUGGCUGCUCCUGUAGGGUGCUGGAGACUUGGGAGAGGCUAGGCAGGGGGAGGGCAGGGAAGAGUGGAGGUAGAGGUGGAGGUGGAGGUGAAGAUGGAGGUGGAGGUGGAGGUGAAGAUGGAGGUGGAGGUGGAGGUGAAGAUGGACUCAGUGUCGAGGAGUUGAAGCGUGUGAGGACCUUCGUUACUGUACUGCCAUCUUCAGGUGUAAGACUGGCAAACCCGUAGCAGGUAUGUCGGAGCUGCUUACUAAUGGACUGCAUGCUUAGGCACUUAGGAUGUGGAAAUCCUUCAUAUUUUAAAACACCUUUUUAUUUGAAAGGUUUAGUGUUUUGAAUUGAAAAAAGGCCACUGACAUAACAGAUUGUUCUUGUACUGACUGCUUUUAUUGAAUGGAGAUUUUGAUUGUAUUGUAACUGCCAAACCAUGUGAUGUGAAUGUGAUGAAUUUAACUCGAUUUUUUUCUGUUAGUAGUUUUUUUUACAUUUUUCCACACUUUUGAGUAAAGGAAUGUUCUUUCUGUGGCAUGAUCUAUUAGUAUUAUGCUACAUGCACUGGGUGCAUUACUCUAAGCUCAUUGCAAAAUUGUACACAAGAAAACAACAGAUGUAAGGCAUUCCAACCAGUCACUCAAUCAACAACGCAUGAGAUCCUGUUUUUAAUCAUCACAUGUACGUCAGGAAUCACUCAGCAGUGUUUGCAUUUGUGUCUGUGUGUCUGUGUGUCUGUGUGUGUGUGUGUGUGUGUGUGUGUGUGUGUGUGUGUGUGUGUGUGUGUGUGUGUGUGUGUGUGUGUGUGUGUGUGUGUGUGCAUGCAUGUGAAUGAUUUUGCUUGUAAGCAGAUUUAUUUCAGCUCAAGACAUCUAAAGGAGUACUUGCUUGCCAUUCUAUGCUUAAAGGGCAUGCAGUGGGUGUGAUUACAGAUUGUCAAUCAACAAGCAGAUUUAGUCCCUGCUGGGUCAUUCAGUCAUCUGGCCCUUCAACCCAUCCAACCCUUUGUCCAGAAACUUUUAGUUACACGCACAGCCAUAGACAAGCUUUUAUAUGAUGCAUCCUCUUUUUUGUGUCUUUAUAACGUAUAUAAUGUAUUUUUUAAAAGUUAUUUCUUUCUGAUUACUUUGCUUCAGCAGUGUAUUGCAUGUUUGUAAGGUCAGGGUAAUUCCUGCCAAGGCUAUAUAUCAGUCUGUUUUAAACACAGUGAGCAAGUGAAGCCAUUGUGGUUGCUGAGGAAUAUCACUUGCAUGGUAAAAAGAUUUAUGCACACUCUCACAAAUUACGUUGCAGGUGCUAAAAGAAAGAGUCAUGCAAACUGGCUGUCAUACUCUGUAAAUUCAUGAAGACAAACAUGCAGUGCAAAAUAAAACAUCUUUAACACAUUAAAGUAUGUUAAAACUACUUUGAACAUAUACAAUAUAUAAAUAGAAAUGUGAUGUUCAAUUAGAGUCAGUAAUAUAAUGAUGUUGCAUUGUAAAAAGCUUCUCUGUUUUAAAACAAUGUUACUGAGAAAUUCAGAAGUUCGGUACACCUGUAGAUUUUUCUUGACAUUGUUCAAGUUAUGGUGAAUUUGUUGUGCUUUUAUCAUCAUAAAAGCACAGUGAAUAUCAUGUUACUCUCUCUCUCUCUCUCUCUCUCUCUCUCUCUCUCUCUCUCUCUCCCUCUCUCUCUCUCUCUCUCUCUCUCUCUCUCUCUCUCUCUCUCUCUCUCUCUCUCUCUCUCUCUCUCCCUUCAGUGAUGUCUUUAUAUUGUCUUUGUAUUUAUUGUUUUGAAUAAAUAUUUUAAAAACAACA